ACGUUGAUGAUGAUGAUUAUGGGGUUUUUGUCUUUUCACAUUUGUGUGUGUGUAUUGUUGCACUAAAGGCCACCGCCAGAGGCCGCUAAGUGACCCGCUGGCCCUGAAAUGAAGAACACCGCCCGAUGCUGCUGCCACUGAUGCCACUGCUGCCACUGCCACUGCUGCGCUUCCCCCUGGCGGUGACGCCUCUUCUGAUGUCCCCCGGGCCCUGCUCCCCCAAGCGACUCCGCACUAUGGCCACGAUCGGCACGCACGACGGCACCUUCCACUGCGACGAGGUGCUCGCCUGCUUCUUGCUGCGACAGCUACCGCGCUACAAGGAUGCCAAGGUGGUACGUACCCGUGACCCAAAGGCUUUGGCCACAUGUGAUGUAGUGGUGGACGUCGGUGGUGAGUAUGACCCUGGACGUCACCGCUAUGACCACCACCAAAGGUCAUUUGCGGAGACCAUGCAUAGCCUGUGUGCAGAGAAGCCGUGGGUGACAAAGCUGAGCAGUGCGGGGCUGGUGUACAUGCACUUUGGGGAGGAAGUCAUCACCAGCAUCACGGGUCUGGGUAAAGAGGAUGCCAAUGUCACGACGCUCUACAACAAGAUGUAUGAGAAAUUUGUCGAGGAAGUGGAUGCCAUCGACAACGGAAUCUCGCAGCAUGACGGCGAGCCUCGCUAUGCCAUCACGACCGGGCUGAGCGCGCGUGUUGGGAGGCUCAACCCGAUGUGGAAUGACCCCGACCAGAGCGGCGAUUCGCUUGCUCCUGUCCGGAGCGCGUCGCGGUCCCCACGAGACACCGCAAGGCAACCCCAUCCUGAGCGCGCCCCCACUGAGAGCAGUCCAAGACCGUGGUGUUUGACGUCAGCCUCAACAGUGGCAUACAUCAACCAUCGUCUCUUCCGAUGUCGGCUCCAGUCCCGUGGUAUAGCGCCGCUGUUGAUGAUGAUGGUGCACAUGGCUCUGGUGCGAUCGGCUGUGGCGUCCGCCCCGGGCAACAUCGGUCCAAAGGGAGAGAAGAUGAUGGACCUCGGCGUCGGUGAUGCACUCGCCGAAGUCGAUGCCGAGUAUCCGUCACAGACACCGCUGGUCGAUUGCGUCCGGUUUCCUACGCAGAUACGCUGUCAUUGACCACGUCUCUGAGCCGUACACCAGUACGGUGGAGGAUGCAUGCUUUGUUGAGGCAGAUGUUUGUUGCCAGUGUAAUCCUGGAGCGCCAGAUGUAUCUGUCGUGCAGUUUUUCACACUGGUUGCGCCGAGUUAGGUGAACGAUUUUACCACUUGAGCAUUGUUGCGUGCUGUUUGCGCUUGGUUCAGAGCAUGUGGCUGCUCAAAAGUGGUCUGUAUUUUGGUUUUUGCCCAGGCCAAAUUUUCAAGUUUCAAUUUGCAUGAUCUCCAGUGCAAGGCGUAGCACCUCGAGCAUCUCAGCCAGCAGGGCAACAUCGUCUGCAUAGUCCAGGUCGGUGAACACUUGGGGGCCUAGGCUUGCUCCCAGGUUACGUUGGUGGACGGUGCAUUGCACAAUCCAGUCCAUUGGGGCAAAUAUGGUAUUCUUUUAAAUCACACGUGUAUUUAAAUUUGUGGGACUUUGGGCUGCAAGAUGAUAAGAAUGCACUUGCAACUUUGCAUCACGAAGGACAAGACUGCCAUAGAGUGGAUCACAACUAACUUUAACUGAAGCCCUUUUACUCAGAAUUGCCUAAUUUUCAAGACUUGCAAAAUGUCGUCGUUCGUAUGGGUUACACGAAGGUGGAAACCAGAGAACCGAGAGAAAACAUACAUGAAUGAUGGGAGAAUCUAAAUUACAAAUACAUCGAGAGUGAUCGGCAACAAACUGGCUGUACUACCUCCUGCAGGCACAUUUUCUUCCUGUAGGUGGGUGUCUCGAGCACCAGUACACCCCAUCCAAGACAUCGCAUUAAAGAGAGAUGCGCCACCACACCUGGCUAACUUAGGUAGCCAUUUUACUGUUUCCUUAUGCUGUUCACCAAUUCUGGUAACGUCUUCAAAAAGAGGAGAAGCAUACUUGGAAUGACGUGGGCUAUAGAACACAAGCAGGUUAAAUUUAUUAUAUUGACUGUUGAGAAAAGUAAGCAAGUGGGUUUGGCCAGGGGCACUGUGCUGGAAGGGGAUGAUGGCCGUUGGUUAAGAAUGUUGAUUAGUGGCGGCAGCCAAAGGAGGGAAUUCACCCAGCAGAAUGUCCACCAUGGAGAUGGAGCAAUGAAAUCAGCUCGUGCAGGCUGGACUUAUUCCACAGGACCGUGGGUAAUGUCGUCGGCUUGGCGUGACCUUGGUCCAGCAGUGGAUUGAUCAUGGCUUUUGUGAUGAUGACUCGCGAUAUCUUCCAGGCCGUAUGAGAUGACGUUACAUGGCGGUAUGAUGGGCCGACGUGAGAUGGCGUCGCACCGUGACAUCAUUGUGUGUGACAUUGCUCGGAGGCAUGGCGUCUGACAUCGCCUUGGUGAAAAGGCGCUACUAUUUAGAGCUAUUUUUUUUUGUCACUGCGUUUUGGAAAACUCUUUGAUCAAAUUGGGCAGUUUUAAAUCGAAUAAGUCCCUUCUAGCAACAAUUUAGUUUUUUUUACAAAAAUUGCAAAGUCUUGUUCACAUUGGGUCAUCUCUACAUGACCUCUCUACAGAUGGACAACAAAGCAAAUUAUUUCAAUCCGAGCUGGAAAGUAUUAAAACAACAAUUACUAACCCAUACUCUCUAAUUAAUAUACAAUAUUUCCAUAAUGGUUACUGCAGCUCUUUGGGCAGAGCUAGAUUAUGAAAGUUUAACGUCAUCUUCAUAAUGAUGCUGACAAAUUGCAGGUAAUUCAUGCCUUUGACAAAAGUGCCAGUUUGGGAACGAGAUCCAAUGGGGGUGAUUAGAGAGCACUGUGCAUGAGCAAUGUGGCUGUCAAGUACACCUCAAGGCUGCGCUGAAUGCCUUACAUUAUAUUUACUUUUGGUGCUAUAAAACCUCACGUUGAGCUUAUAGUGGGACUCCGAAUGAUCCGCUCGAGAAAGGCAGUUGGCGUGCUCGUGAAGCUUCACGUGUGUGUAUGUCUGCGCUUUUGUGAGUGCUCUGUGAAUUUUGAGGUCGGAGUAAUUGCAUGACUGCAGUUGUAUAUUGUGUGUGCUUUGGUGACUGCCUGAGUACAGUGUAUAUAAGCCUGCUCACACACAACCUUGGCAUUGUAAUGACCGGUAAGUUGCCCCGUACUUUACCAGGCGUCAGGAAAAUUGAUUUGAAUGCAAUGGAUACAGACAGCUUGUGCAAGAUGUUUAUGUGGGUCCGUGUUGUCUUCUCGAACAACUUUCAAUCACUCCCUCAGUCUGUUAGUGCAUUCAUCAUACGGCAGUGACGACUUACCAAUUAGGCAGCUAUUUUGAAUAUAGUUGCAAAGCCAUGGUUUGAAGCGAAAUGCUGUUUUGCUCUCUAUGGUUUCAAACAUUAGGGCUGUCCUCCUGUGGCCCAUAAUGUAACGUUUUUUACAACUCAAUUUGUUCUCAUGAUUGGUCAAGAUUUGUAUUUUCAGCUCUUUUACUAUUGUGCCGAUUAAAAGUUAACAUUGCAAAACUUAUGUAAUGUCAUGACGAUCAAUAUUGUUAGAAUCGCUUGAAAUGUAAAAUAAAGCAAAUUACACACACUGAAAAGUAGUCUGUCCAAUGCCUUUCAAUCAAAUUCAGGUACAUACCUAAAUUUGUAGCUAUACUGCAUAGCAUGGUUUGUUAAACUAAUAGCACACUGUGAAACUUGGUGCAUAAAAGCCAUCCUAAGGUAUUGAUUGGAUUGUGAUGAAUAUAGUAGGUAUGAACAGCGAAGGGUGAAGCUGGUGAUUAAUUAAACAAACCCAACAUUUUCUUUGGCUCUUUCGGUAAAGUCACGUAGAAUGAGAAUAAAAUAAUAAAAUAACACAAUGAAAUUCUCACGACGUUUCAGCCACAACGCAAGCGGCCGUCUUCAGGUGAAAGGUACAGAACUG